GACCCGGAACUGCGGCGCGGUGCGGCGGGGAGCCAUGCCGCCUCCCAAGGACGUGGUGAAGAUCGCCAUCCAGAUGGUGGGCGCCAUCCCGCAGCUGAUCGAGCUGCAGCAGAGCAAGCCGCUGGCCGCUGUGCUCAAGGACGUCUGCGAUGCGUGGAGCCUGCCCAACGCGGAGCGCUAUGCCCUGCAGUACGCCGACGGGCGCCAGACGUACAUCACCGAGUCGAACCGCGGGGAGAUUAAGAAUGGGAGCAUCUUGCGACUGACCACCUCUCCGGACCAAGAAGCAGAGAGGUUGUACAGCGGGAUCCAGAGCAACAACGUGGACGUGAAGACUGACUCACUGAAGAAGCUUGCAAGCCUCUCCCAGGAUGUUACCUUUGCUCAGGAGUUUAUCAACAGGAAUGGCUUGAAACAAAUUUUCUAUAUUGUGGAGGAAGGGAAUGAUACAGGGGAGAUCCUCGCUCACACCCUGAAGGCCUUCAUGGAGCUGAUGGAGCACGAUUUCGUCUCCUGGGAGACUCUUAGUGCAGCCUUCAUCAAAAAAAUCGUGAGUUAUGUCAACAUGAACGCCAUGGAUGCCUCUGUCCAGCAGCUCUCCAUGUCAAUCCUGGAGAACAUGGUACCCAGCAGCCGCGUCCUCUUUGAGCUCGUCAAAAGAGAAGUGACGGUGGAUCGCCUUCUCACCCACCUGCAGGUGACGAACGCCCAGCUGCAGCUGAAGGCCAUGGCCCUGUUGAUUGCACUGCUGUUGGCUGCCACUGAUGCUGAACGGCGGGAUAUGAUGGAGUACCUGAGAGAGAAGAACAUCAGGCAGUUCAUCCACAAGAACAUCAUCCACAGCUCUGAGCCACUGGGGGACGAGAUGGCCCAUUACCUCUACGUGCUGCAGUCCGUCAGCCUCAACCUGCACGAGCGCCGCAUGAGGACCUCCGUGGACCCCUACUCACAGGAGCAGAGGGAGCUCCUCCAGUCGCUGCGCCAAGCUGCCUUCGAGUCAGAGAGUGAUGCUCCUGCUGGCACCUUCAGCACCGAGCGCCGGCGGUCGCUGUGCGCCAAGGAGUUCCGCAAGCUGGGCUUCAUGAACAACAGCAACCCAGCAGAGGACCUGCGCCGUGCACCGCCGGGGCUCCUUGCCCUCGACAACAUGGUGUACUUCUCCAGGCACACCCCCAGUGCCUACAGCCGAUUCGUCCUCGAGAACAGCAGCCGUGAGGACAAACACGAGUGCCCGUUUGCUCGAAGCAGCAUCCAGCUCACCCUGAUCCUCUGUGAGAUCCUGCACGUCGGAGAGCCGUGCUCGGAGACAGCUCAGGCCUUUUACCCUAUGUUCUUCGGGCAGGAUCAUUUCUUUGAAGAGCUCUUCUGCAUCUGCAUCCAGCUGGUGAACAAGACGUGGAAGGAGAUGCGAGCCACCCAGGAGGACUUUGAUAAGGUGCUGCAGGUGGUGCGGGAGCAGAUCACCAGGACCCUGUCCCUCAAACCCACCUCCCUGGAGCUGUUCAAGACCAGAGUGAACGCGCUGAACUACAGCGAGAUCCUGAAGCUGCGGCAGACAGAGCGGCUGCACCAGGAGGAGACGCUGGCCGUGCCCGUGCUGGAGCUGCGUGAGAGGCUGAAGCCGGAGCUCCUGGAGCUGAUCCGCCAGCAGCGCCUGCUGCGCCUCUGCGAGGGCACCCUGUUCCGCAAGAUCAGCAGCCGCCGGCGCCAGGAUAAGCUGUGGUACUGCCGCUUGUCGCCCAAUCACAAAGUGCUGCACUAUGGGGAUGUGGAGGAAGGGGUGCAAUCACCCCCCAUCGAGAGCCUGCCAGAGAAAAUUCCUGUGGCAGACAUGAAGGCGCUGCUCGUUGGGAAGGAGUGUCCACACACGAAGGAGAAGAGCUCUGGAAAGCAGAACAAGGAUGUCCUGGAGCUCGCCUUCUCCAUAGUGUAUGAUGUGGAGGAAUACUGCCUGAACUUCGUUGCCCCCACGCGCUACGAGUUUUGCCUGUGGACAGAUGGGCUGAACGUGCUUCUGGGCAAGGAGAUGACGAGCGAGCGAACGCAGACGGACCUCGACGUGCUGCUGUCCAUGGAACUCAAACUGCGGCUCCUGGACCUGGAGAACAUCAGCAUCCCCGACAACCCCCCUCCUGUCCCAAAGCCCCCCAGCAACCUCAACUUCUGCUAUGACUUCAGCUAUGCAGAACAGUGAGUUCCUGCAUCCCGCCCCGUUCCCAAUCCCCGUGCCCCCUCCUUCUCUCUGCAGGCUGCCCCAUUCAGCUCGGAGAUGUUUGGAGCUGGAAACGUUCUGUUGCCUGCCAAACAGCAAAACCCUUCCUCCAGGCUCUGUCCCCAAAGGGACGAGCCCAGGUGCUUGGAUGGGGCUUGGGUGUGCGCUGCCUGUCCCCUUCCCAUGCUGGUGGCUGUGAGCAGGGCAUCCCGUCCCCUUUUCCACACCUCUGCUAUUUGCCCAGACAGAACUCACCAGCAUCCCAGGGGCAAACCACCUUCCCUUCACUGCCUGCAUCAGGGCUGAGCCAUUGAGCUUUGGGCUCCUGCUCUGUUAGAGGGAAGGGACCUCUCUGCUCUGCUCCUGAGCCACGGGCAGGAGAGACAAAACACUUCUUGACAGCUGAACCCCUCCAUGCUGAUCCUGUCCCCUUACUCCCUCUGCUGCCGUCACACUGCGGGCGGAGGGCAAGGACAGCAGGAGGAGGGACAUACAGACACUGCUGUGACAGCUGGGAGGGUGAGCAUUACCACGGUACAACCACACACCCUGACCCUCUCCAGCACAGCUGCUCAGGGUGGAGAAUCCCCUCUGGGUGAAAAAGGAGUUAGGAAAGGCUGGAGUCCUUCCACUGCUUGGUUUGCUGAGCAGACAGCGCUUUCCAGCAGGGUCAGCAUUGCAGAGGGACAGACAGGCACUUAACGCACUGAUUUUUUUUUUCCUGCUCUCCUCCCUCUCCCUGCUGUGAGUGCUCCCAGCCCUGGGCAGGGCAGCGGGAUGCUCCCAGAGGUUGUUCAGGGUACGAAUCCUCUUCCCUUGCACAAUAUGAGAUGGGCUCAAUGCAGACUCAAUGCCCGGAGCCCAACCCCAGCGCAGCGCUGAGCUGCUCAUGUUAACCUUGGUGCCUUCCCCGCCCCGGCGGAUAUUGCACACUCCAGUCACACUGCUGCACUACUGCAUUAUGACAAGCUACCUCCUCUGUGGCCCAAACGUCCCCCCACCUCGGUGCCCUGCACCUCCUCGUGCCUACGGCUUCCCCAGGGGGUGUUGGUUGUAGUAACUAGGGUGCAGCCUGCGAGCCGGCGGCUGUCUGAGCACUGGAACUGCAGGCUGCAGGGUGGGCAGGCCCUGACUGUGCCCCCCACCUCCUGCAGAUUUGGGCAAUAAACACUUGUGGAGAACUCA